GCAGUGCGGGGCGGCGGCGGGCGGCGCGCGGGGCGGAGCGGGGGCGCGCACAGGAGCUGCGGCGCGAGCGGCGGCGGGCGCGCACCGAGGCGGCGCCGCGUGUCCCUCCGGCCCCAGCAGCGCGCGGGACCCGGGCCCUGCGCCCUCCUCCGCACCGCGGACAGACCCCGCGCCCGCAGCAAAAUGGGGAAACAAAAUAGUAAGCUGGCCCCUGAGGUGAUGGAGGAUCUGGUGAAGAGCACGGAGUUCAAUGAACACGAGCUAAAACAGUGGUACAAAGGAUUUCUAAAGGACUGUCCAAGUGGUAGACUGAACCUUGAGGAGUUUCAGCAGCUCUACGUAAAAUUCUUUCCAUAUGGAGAUGCUUCUAAGUUUGCCCAGCACGCCUUCCGAACCUUUGAUAAAAACGGAGAUGGGACCAUCGACUUCAGAGAGUUCAUUUGUGCCCUGUCCAUCACCUCACGAGGCAGUUUUGAGCAAAAGCUGAACUGGGCCUUCAACAUGUACGACUUGGAUGGUGAUGGUAAAAUUACAAGAGUGGAAAUGCUGGAAAUUAUAGAGGCCAUCUACAAAAUGGUGGGCACUGUGAUCAUGAUGAAAAUGAAUGAGGAUGGGCUGACGCCUGAGCAACGGGUAGACAAGAUCUUCAGUAAGAUGGAUAAGAACAAAGACGAUCAGAUCACACUGGAUGAAUUCAAAGAAGCUGCAAAGAGUGAUCCUUCCAUUGUAUUACUCCUGCAGUGUGACAUUCAAAAAUGAGCUUGUGUACGAUGCGUCAUAGACUGCACAGAAGUUUAAUGUUCCAUUCAGUUUGCAGCUAUUUCCACACACACAAAAAUUUGCUUGGACUACCUAUAAAUGGACUUGCUUCUUGUGUUUGAAACACUUGUGUGCAUGAGAAUGUCAUUUGCUAAAGAAUUUUAAAAGUAUAUAUUAUAAAAAUAAACUGCCACAACGUGAUGUGUGCAAUGUCAUUUCACAACAACCCUCUUCCUCUGAAGCCUGUGCAGCAGGCCUGUGCUGCAGUGAAUUAUAUUAUUUAUUGUUCAUGUUUUACUGAUGCUAGCUCUGUGUCUCCUAGACUGAGUAAUGUUAGUGACACUGAAUAAUUCCCAUGGUAAUGUUAACUGUUUAUUAUAAAUCAUGUCACCAUUCUGCUGUAAAGUAGUACUGGACAGACAGAAGGGAAGAGCUUCUCGGCUCCCAAGUCUGAUCCACACGUGCUUGUAUUGUCAGUGGAUAUAAAUGUACUUCAUUUGCAUGCCUUUUAGGUUUGCCUUAAUUCUUACCUCAUUUGCAUCCCUUCAAUCUGGAAAGAGCUAUGUCAGAGGAAUGCAGUAUAUUAAAAAAAAAGAAAAAAAAAAGAAAAUCCUGCUAAAAUUAACCCUUUAAUUAAGACUAUAUAUAAAUAUAUAUAUAUAUAAUGUUUAAAAUAUUGUUUUAUUGCAAGUUUAAAGGUUUUAUUGGAAGUGUAUUGAUCUUUGCCAGAAUUUUCAAAAGCUUCCACAGAGGUUGCAAUAUAUAUGUCCCAAAAUAAAUUUAUAACAUUUGACCUUUUCCCCUAAUUCUUAUUUCAUGUCUACAGCAUGGAAAUAAAAAAAAAAGUUCAAUCUCUUUAAUUAUUUGUCACUGUACACUGGGAAAUAUGUAUUUCAUUACUGAAGCAUAAAGAAAACUACUUUGCACUCAUUCACUAGAAGAGUCAUAUUAUACAAAACCAAAAGUUGCAGUUUUUGUAAUUAGGGAUGGAGCAGCUGUUGAUGCUCUAAGAUGCUACUGCUAAGAUUUACCAGCAUAGCUACUAAGAUUUACCUGCACUGCUUUUUAAGCUGUGUAAGUGAAAUAUAAUUAAUUUGCUCGGCCUAAA